CAGCGAGGCGACGGCCGCCUGGGCACGCACCGCUGGCUCAGGGCUGCCGUUUAUAUCCCCCCACCCGGCCGGCGGGCGGCAUCGUCGGUGCCACCCCACGGCGGCGGCUGCUUAUUUUGGAGUGUCACAUUCUGGCAGGGUGCGAAGCUGUCUGCAACGACUGUAAACCCCCCAUUGCCGGCAUCGGUGCCUCCCUGGCCCCUGCGUCACUGUCACCGGCAUCUCCACCACCUCCACCCAGCUCCCCGGCCCCCUCAGCAUCUGCCCAUCUACUGGGCAGCCCCGGCUGGUCCCGUCCGGAAGCUGCCCAGGGAAUGUGGAGACACCAGUGUCUCCCUGAAACCUGGGCACCCUGGCUCCUGCCCACCUCCCCAGUCCACCAGCCCCUGCCCAUGUCCCUUCCAGUCCUCCACUUCAGGCCCACCGGGUAGCACAGGCCAGGAUCCUAUCUCAGAGCAUGGGCUUCAGGCUUGGUGCCUGCAGUUCCCACGGUGGCCCAGGGGAAGGGACACUUCUUAGCUCAGCCUUCCGGUAUCACCAGCCUGCCCUGCCCUCUCCACGCCCUCCCCUGGCCGGCUCCAGCCAGCUCGCUGGACACUGGUCACCUCUCCUUGAUUCCCAAAUGUGCUGACCCUCAGAGUGGCCACCAUGGAGAACCCAGAAGAAGACAGCAGCAGCAGGACCCUGGGUCUCUCUCUGGUCUUGACAAUAGCCAGCUGUGACCAGGCAGCUGGGUACCCAUGGGCCCUCCCUGUCCCUCAAGUGCAGCUCUGCCUGUGUCUGGGUGCUUUCUUGGAGGGUGGGGAGAAGGCUCCCCAAGUGAGCUUCAGUUGUCUCCCUGGAGGACAGAGAAGCCUGGAGGGUUUCUGCUGCUCUAGAACCCCCAAACCAUAUUGCCAUUCUCCGGCUUAUAACCUCCCCUUGCCUGGCUCCAGCCCCUCGUUCUGCGCAGUGGCUGGGACAUGAAACUGGCCGCCUCCAGCGGCAUUGUGUGGCCAGCAGAGUUGCUGUGAAUGCCCAGGGCGCCAGCACCCAGUCAGUCUCAGGGCCAACACGGGGCUAGGGCCACCUGCUGACCACGAGGGCCGCCUCUUCUUCCUCCUGGAUGGAAGUGGAAGUGAGAGAGAGGCUCCCAAGAAAGCCACCAUGUGGCCAGAGCUGGGCCGGGCCUGCUCCUCCUGGCUCACGUUACCCAUGACAUGAGGGCUGCUGAGGCGCCUGCCAUUCAGCCCUGGCCUCACACCUCUCACCCCCAGUGCAGCAGAAGCUGGAGCCAAGGACACGGGCAGAGGCCAAGGUGGCAGGCUGUGCGAGAAGCUGGGCUGGGCUGGAGAGGGGAUGCACAGGCAGGAGGCAGAGAGGGCCUGUGCCCACGGCUGUCAGGCUGGGGACAGCAGGCCGAGCCCUGCGGCCCCGCCUCCCGCCUCCAGCACGGAGCCGCAGCCUGAAUUAUGGAUGAGGCUCCUUGGGUUACAGCUGCUUCACGCGGCCAGAAAUGGCAACAGUCCCCAGCCAGCAGCAGCUGUCACAGAGGGGCCAGCAGGGUCCCCCUCUGCCUUUCAGGGGCAGCAGGAUGGCUGAGAUGCUGCGGCCAGCAGGGGCCCAGGGCAGCCAGGGAGGUCUGGGGAGGCGCCUCUGCCCGCCCUGGCACUUUGGCCCAGCGGCAGAGGAGCCCAGACCAGGGCCCCACUCUGGGGCACCUGGGCUGCCUCAGGGGGUGGCCGUCUGGCAGGAGCUGCAGGAGCUCAGGAUCCUCGUCGUCGUAGCACCCCCGCACCGCGUGGGGAUAAGGCCGGCAUUAGGGGAUCAGAGAAGGAUUUGGCUUCCUUUGGUGUUGGUCUCGGGAAGGAGGAGCUGGAGGGCAGCUGGCAGGAAGGACAGUGCCCUGGCAGGGCACCAGGGGACGCUUCUCCUGGCCCCAGUCCUGCACCACUUUGCUGUGUGACCUUGGCAGGCCGCCUGCCCUCUCUGAGCUCCAGUUGUCCCUAUGGAGAACAGAGAAGCCUGGAGGGUUUCUGCUGCUCUGGAACCCCCAAACCUCAGCACUCAGCACACCCACCCGCUCGGGGCUCGGGUGGGGACGAGUGAUGAGAAAUGCGCCCCUCCACCCCACGCGGGUCUGAGAAACUGGAGAACGCUCUCGGGAAACGCUCCGGGGGGAGGGGAGCGGCCGAGAAACGCAGAGGCGGUGUGAGGGGGGAGCAGGGCGCUGUGUCACCAUGUAUGACAUCACACCCCACCCACACACACGGGGCCGCGGCGCACGCACACACGCACGCGCCCGCAGAACAGCAGGUGCCAUCCACGCACUCACGGGUCUUGGGGUGGCACCGCGGGGUCACUGGCCUGUGCCCCAGAAGAGGCCUCCCGCGGGGUGUCCUUCCCCACGCGGCUCUCGCACUGCCCUGUGUCACGCAGAAGGGCACACAGUGCCACACACAGCCGGGGGGAGCAGGGUGCAGCCUCAGGUCUGGGGCUCACCGCGCGUCUCAGGAUGGCUGCUGGCUCUGUGGUACGGCUUGGAGUCUACCAGGCAUCAAGACAGAGGGUCCCCCGGCCUGUCUGCUGCUGCUGCUGGCCCUGCCCACGGUGGCACCCAGCUGCCCCAUGCUGUGCACCUGCUACACAUCCCCGCCCACCGUCAGCUGCCAGGCCAACAACUUCUCAUCCGUGCCCCUGUCGCUGCCGCCCGGCACGCAGCGCCUUUUUCUGCAGAACAACCUCAUCCGCACGCUGCGGCCCGGCACCUUUGGGCCCCACCUGCUCACGCUGUGGCUCUUCUCCAACAACCUCUCCACCAUCUACCCGGGCACCUUCCGCCACCUGCAGGCCCUGGAGGAGCUGGACCUCGGUGACAACCGGCACCUGCGCUCACUGGAGCCCGACACCUUCCGGGGCCUGGAGCGCCUGCAGUCGCUGCACCUGUACCGCUGUCAGCUCAGCAGCCUGCCCAGCACCAUCUUCCGUGGCCUGGUCAGCCUGCAGUACCUCUACCUCCAGGACAACAGCCUGCUGCACCUGCAGGAUGACCUGUUCGCGGACCUGGCCAACCUGAGCCACCUGUUUCUGCAUGGGAACCGCCUGCGGCUGCUAACUGAACACGUAUUCCGCGGCCUGGGCGGACUGGACCGGCUGCUGCUGCACGGGAACCGGCUGCAGGGCGUGCACCGCGCGGCCUUCCGCGGGCUGGGCCGCCUCACCAUCCUCUACCUGUUCAACAACAGCCUGGCCUCGCUGCCAGGGGAGGCGCUGGCCGACCUGCCCGCGCUCGAGUUUCUGCGUCUCAACGCCAACCCCUGGGCCUGCGACUGUCGCGCGCGCCCCCUUUGGGCCUGGUUCCAGCGCGCGCGGGUGUCCAGCUCCGAUGUCACCUGCGCCACCCCUCCCGAGCGCCGAGGUCGCGACUUGCGGUCACUGCGCGAGGCCGAUUUCCGCGCGUGCCCGGCGGGGCCGCGGCCGGGUGGGAACGGCGCAGGCACGGGGAGUGGCGGGCGUGCGCGCGGCAACAGCUCCUCCAACCACCUGUAUGGCGUGGCCGAGCCUGGCGCGCCCCCCGCCCCCCCAGCCACGCUGGCGCGGGACCUCCCAGCCGAGGAUGCAGACGCUCGUGGGCGCCAUGCCGGGAACGCCAACGAGGACGCGCCCACCGAGGACGACUACUGGGGCGGCUACGGCGGCGGGCGCACGUGCCCGGGACCCUCGUGCCGCGCGCCCCCGGGCUCGCGGGGGCCCGCGCGCACUCCCGUGCUGCUGCACGCCCCGCUGCUCUGCUUGCUGGCCCUGGCGCCACGGCACUUCUAAUGGGCACGGGCCCGCGCCCCUGGCCUCGCUGCCUCAACUUUACUCUGCUGCGUCGCACUGCACCGCGUGGCCUUGCCAGGCCUCGCAGGCUGCUGACUCGGCGCGAUGUGGACUUCAGCCAUCCACUCUCCGUCCCCAAACCGGGGCUGGGCGUCUCCAGGCAGCCCUGACCCCCGCCCGGCGCCUGCCCGCAGGGUUCCCGGGGACUGCUGUCCGCAGAGCAUCUUCCACCAGCACAGCCUUGGGCGUUCCCGGAGGGCCGGCCUGGACCUCGCUGCCUCGGCAUCCUGCCGCCGCCGCCACCGCCGCCACCAGAGGAACGCUGUCCUCCUGAGUCUACCCAGGACACUGUCUAGGGUCCCCGUGAGAGCUUUCUUUUCCUCCACGGCCCCUGUGUGGUGACGACGAUCAGAAGUUGUUUGAGAAAAAAGUUUAUUAAAAAUUCUAUUAUUUUA